UGUUGUUUUUUAGUUUGCAGUUGGUACAGCAAACAGAGCACAUGCACUCUCCUUCUUCCGUAUAUCGUUUCCAUCUCCACACCUAAACACACACCCCAUCUUCAACCAAUCACAAUGAAGAUAAUGGUAGCCGUCAAGCGAGUGGUCGAUUACGCCGUCAAAAUCAGGGUCAAGCCCGACAAGACGGGGGUGGUGACCCAGAACGUGAAAAUGUCGAUGAACCCCUUCUGCGAGAUCGCCCUGGAGGAGGCCCUUCGCAUCAGAGAGUCUGGCUUGGCCUCCGAGGUUGUCGCUGUCAGCAUCGGGCCCUCUCAAUGCGUAGAUACUCUCCGAACGGGUCUUGCCAUGGGAGCCAACAGAGGCAUCCACGUCGAGUCCACUGCUUCCCUGUUCCCUCUUUCGGUUGCCAAAAUCUUCAGAAAGCUCGUGGAGAUUGAGAAACCCGAUCUUCUCAUCCUUGGCAAGCAGGCUAUUGAUGAUGAUUGCAAUCAGACCGGGCAGAUGGUAGCAGGACUCCUCAACUGGCCUCAAGGGACUUUUGCUUCAAAGGUUGUCCUUGAUAAAGAGAAACGGGUUGCCACAGUGGACAGAGAGGUUGAUGAUGGUAUAGAAACUGUGCGUCUGAACUUACCAGCAGUAAUAACCACCGAUCUGAGAUUGAAUCAACCAAGGUAUGCGACUCUUCCCAACAUAAUGAAAGCAAAGUCGAAACCCAUAAAAAAGUUCACUCCGGAGGAGUUGAAUGUGGAAAUCAAAUCUGAUUUGGAGAUAGUUGAAGUCACAGAACCUCCCAAGAGAAAAGCAGGGGUUAUUCUUUCAUCAGUGGAUGAGCUGAUCGACAAACUAAAAAAUGAGGCCAAUGUCAUUUGAUUAUUCUCUCUUUACCCCAGUUACUUCUCAAGAAAAGAUGAAUAAUCAUGAUCCAACAUUCUUAUACAUUUGAUCAAUUAACACGAUAAAUUAAAUGGUGUUCCUUUUUA